AUGGGGCAGAAGGUGAAGAAGAGGUUCAACAAAUGCAAAGUCCUAUGGCAGCUAAUAGUGGAAAAAGGAAAAAAAUCAACAGUGGAUAAGUAUUUUACACCAAGAAAUACUCAAGGAGCUCAACCUUCCAUGAGGAGUGUACUAGCUGGGAAAGAAGCUAUUUGGAGAGCGGAUAUGGCGGUUGGGAGAUUCUUUUAUGAUGCAUGCAUUCCUACUAAUGCAGUGAAUUCCUUCUACUUCAAGCCAAUGUUGGAUGCUAUAUCUGCAAUUGGUCCUGGAUAUAAGGGUCCAAAUUACCAUCAACUACGGGUUAAUCUUUUAAAGGAUGCCAAGAAGGAAGUUCAGUUACUUGUGGACUCUUAUCGUGCAAUUUGGGCAAAAGUUGGGUGUACAAUAAUGGGUGAUGGUUGGACAGAUAAUAGACAAAGAACACUCAUCAACUUCCUUGUGUAUUGUCCUGAAGGAAUAUCAUUUAUGAAAUCCGUUGAUGCUUCAGACAUUGUCAAGGAUGCAACUAAUUUGUUUCAGUUAUUUGAUGAGGUGAUUGAAUGGGUUGGUCCACUCAAUGUAGUUCAUAUGGUCACUGAUAAUGCAGCAAAUUAUGUGGCCGCGGGGAGAUUGAUUUCUCAUAAGCAUAAACACAUUAAUUGGUCACCUUGUGCAGCUCAUUGUCUUAAUUUGAUCUUUAAGGAUAUUGGUAAGAUGGACCAUGUUGCUGAACUUGCAAGACGUGCAUUAAAGGUGACAAUUUUUGUGUAUAAUCAUGUUGCUUUGUUAAGUUGGUUAAGAAAAAGAAAAGGAUGGACAGAGAUUCUGCGACCUGGUGCAAGUCGCUUUGCUACUACUUUCAUUGCACUCAAGAGUCUUCAUGAUCAUAAACAUGACUUGCAAGCUUUGUUGACUAGUAAGUUCUUUGUGGACUCUAGAUAUUCAAAGGAUUAUAAAAGCCAAGUUGCAGUUUCCAUCAUCUUGGAUAAUAGAUUUUGGAAUGAUUGUUUGAUUGUUGUGAAUCUUAUGUCUCCACUAAUGCGCUUAUUGCGUAUUGUUGAUUGUGAUGAGAGGCCUUCAAUGGGACAUGUGAAUGAAGGCAUGUAUAGGGUUCGUUUGGGCAUCAAGAAAUUGUUUAACUACAACAAAAGACUAUACAAGCCUUAUACGGAGAUCAUAAAGCAACGUUGGGAUCAACAACUGAAGAAAAGCAUUCAUUCAGCAGCUUAUUGGUUGAAUCCAUGUUUCCAAUAUGAUCAGGAAAACUUUUGUAAUAAGCCAAAUGUUAUUGGAAGUGUCAUGGAUGUUAUUGAUCAGAAAGUUCUGAAAGGCAAGCUUGAAACAAUGAAUGAAAUGAAGUUAUUUCGUGAUCGAUUAGGAAGUUUUGGAAGAGAACUUGCUUAUUCUUCACGUGAAAUCAAUGGUGGAGGCUACAUGGAUAUAGUGCACCACAUUUGCAAAAGUUAG